AUGGACAUCAAGCACGAGAAGCUAAGGGCCACGGCCAGCGCGGCCAGUCAAUGCCCUGACUGUGUCAGCAGGAGCUGGAGGUGCCCCAAGCGAUGCAACCCGUCGGAUACAAAGCUUCACCGCUUUGACUUCCAGUACUCGGAGAAAAGGUGUGCGGAAGUCGUACCGUGGAAUGGCAGCUCUAUGCAGGUUGACAUGGACUUGUGGUGCGCGAUGCCAGCGACAAGGCGAUGCCGCGAUUUUUGGUGCCGACAGAAGAGGGUUGGCUGCGACAACAUGAACCGGUACACAUUCCGAGGACUGCUUUCCUCAACUGGAUCGUGCCCCGUGCCACCCGAGCACGAGGAUUUAAUGGUGCAGAAUUGCCACUGGGUCUGCAAGCGUGGUGCACCCUUCAUGCGUUGCAAGUACGACUUCGACCACUAUGGCAAGCAUGGGAUACAGUCCAGGCUGGACACGUGCUGGAUCCAGGAAAGAUGCGAACAAGGCCAAGCUCAAUCCAUAACGACAACAUGCAAGCCCGCGGCCCGUGCAGUCGAACCCCCACAUGCCAGUGUGCUCGGAUUUGCAACUUUGCUGGUCGCAGACCUGGCUCCUUUCAUGGCUCAGCCUGGCUUAGACCGUGCAUUGGGCGGCGCGCUUGCGAAGCUGGUGGCGGUUGCAGAGUCACAAGUUGCAGUGGAGAUCCGCGGAAACAUAUCACGACAGCGCGACAUGCUGGGCAACGCCACACAAGCUUUGCACGCGUCAUUCAACAUCUCCGUUUUUGGCAACGCGAGCGCCAGUCCCUUGCAACGCGCUGUUGCCACCAAAGUGUUGAUGGAGCAAGCGAACAGCAGCGAAAUCUCCGGCGUCAUGAAUCGGAUGCUUUCAGCACGAGGUCUGGAGGCGUCUGUGCAGGCAGCGGACCUGACAGUAAGCCCUGGUCUGCACAACACGACGGCCCAGAGCCCUUCUGGACAGGAAUUCUACGCUCUGGUCUCACUUCUGCGCAAGUACAAGGACUAUUUGGAUGAGGUGCACACAGACCUACAAGAGGCGCAGUCCGAGAUGAGUCUGCAGAACUUGUCGCGGGAGGACUUCACGACUAUCCAGGCUAAGCACACCUCGGCCAGGCAGCACCUGUCACAAAUCAUGUCGUCACAUGCAGAGCUAUCCUCCGAGAUUGAGACAGCCAUUGCUCAGCGGAAUUUGUCGAAGCACGCGCUGGCCAUGGCGCAAUCGGCCGCCCAGUCGGCCGCUGCCGAACUGCUCCGGAUGCAAGCGAACUUGUCCUCUUCGCAGGCCGAUCUCGCCGCGCUGAAACAGAAGCAAGUGGAAGCUGAGCAAAGUCUUCUGAACGCUCUGGCUGCCAAAGAAGGCUUGAACAAGCAGUUGAAGGCCAACGCAACCAGACUGGGCACUUCGCUCGAGGCUGUUUACGAGGAUCUGAAGUACAUGCGGCAGCUGCUGGUGGAAACCCGCCAGGCGAAUCAAAGCAUCCAUGAGGAGCUGCGCAGCUUGGAGGAGGACUUUCUGGAGGAGCAAGCCAACCACAACGUCACAAAAUUUGUACUGGCGCUCGAGCGACAGGACCACAACCUAACAAUGGAAGAGCUGGAGAAAGCCGAAGAAGAUCGCGCUCGAACGCAGUGGCGGUUGCAGUCCGAGAAGCAGCAGCACAUCGAAACCAAGCAGGGUCUGCAUGAUGAGCAGGUCCUCCACCUACAGACCAAGGCUCAGCUGCGCGAGGCGAGCAAGGCGGCCUCCACGAUGACAUUGACCUUCAUUCUUGUGACAUCCUGCAUGUCGCUACUGGUGGUAGCGCUGGCUGCGGCGUUCCUCGUGACUCUGCUCCGCAAGCGCAGCGUGGAGCGAAUUCCCGUCCUGGCACCGAAUGCAGGUGGCGAGAACAACAUCGUGGUAGGCCUUCGCUUCCUCAAGCUUCGUGCAUCUCCCACUUUGAGGCCUCAUAGGCUGCAACCUCGUUCGCACCAGUGUGAAGGCCGUCCAGUGCAGCCUCCACCGGCAACGGACGCAUGGGUCAAGACCGCGCUUGCCUGUCGAGAUCGGCACAAAGGGAGGGCCUACUUUGCUUACAAGUGCGUCCAGCUGGGCUGGAUGCUCGGGGAGGAUAAGACGCCGCUGGGCGAUGUUUUCCAGAAAAGCUCUGAGAGGCUGCUGAGGACGCUGCAUUUACAUCUCCUCCUUGUCUCUCAGACCUGUGCUGGCCACAAGUGUGUCGCAGCGGGCCCUCGAGCCCUGGCAGCGCUGCCUCCAGGGCCCACAGGGACAGCACGCCUGGUCGUGGCAGCAGCGCGUGGGGCCGAGUGGUGGGAAGAGGUCCCGGGCGGAUCAUGGACACGACUCCAGGAGGCUGCAGACCCCGGCUUGGGAAGGCCUUUCUUUUCAGUGGCUGUGGAGCCCAGCACCGGCUUGGUUGCAGUUGGAGGCGGUGCCGGCCGUGCAGCAAGCCUUUUUGCUCCGAACGGCUCGUUGCUGGCCACCCUGGGCGGCCACACUGGUUGGGUGCGCGAUUUGCUUUUCCAAGAUGGCCAGCUGUUCAGCAUCGGCUGUAAUUUCAUCAAGGUCUGGAGGCGGCAUGGCGACGCCCAUUCCUCUUGGCGUCACCUGGGCGAUCUUGAGGUUCGAGGUGAUCUCCUUGCACUGUCCGUUUGUGGGGGCUUUUUGGUUGCAUCCGGGGCUUCCAGACGACACCACUGGUUCCGAUUGUCAAGCAGCAAGCUGCGCCCGAAAGAGUGGCUAGCAGAAGCGCAAGCAUCGCUCACGGAAACGGACAGUCCUCACAUUGGUCGCACGACUUGCCUGGCCUGCAGAGGGUCAAGGCUGUUCUCCUGUGGGCAUGAUGGCAGAGUGUGCAUACGGCAAGCGGAUGGCAACGCACAGUGCUCCGACGAGCUGCCAGGGGGGAAGCUUCUCUCCAUGGCGCUCCUUGAUGGGGGAAAAGUUGCAGUUGGUACGGAGGAAGGGCAAGUGCAUGUCCUCGAUGCAGAGAGCCUUCGGGCAUUGGCCAGCAUCCAGCCAUUCCCUGGUUCUCCCAUCAACGCAUUAGCGCAGGUCCCUGAGGAGCGUAUUGCAGCUGCCUCGAGCGCCGUCGCAGGCUUCGCAGUGGCAUCCCUGACUCGUGGCAUGGAAUUCUCGCGUACCGGCAAACGAGGCAUCCGGUCCGUGGCGCUCCAUCUUCAAGGUCGGAUAAGAUCUCCAACCGAUCCCGGCGUGCGCUCAUUGCGCGAACGCCUCCAGACUGAAAACUGCAUGGCAGAGUUGCCCGUCUUCUCGCCGUCCAGCGCUGACUUCAAUGCGUCCUACGUGUCGGAGAUCUUUCGGAUCAAUGGCUUCGUGGUCCUUGAAGACGCGCUGUCAGACCUGCAGCUCCAGGAGUUGCACGAGGCCUGCGACGACAUCAUGGACCAAGUCUUCCAAGCCGACCCCGAAGGAAGCUUCGGUGGUGGAGCUGGGAAGCUGCCACAUCGCUACAGUUUGGGAGAUUCCUCCAGGACCAAGUCGAACUUCCAUCUCGAGGCGUUCGCCUCGCUCGUGGACCUUGAGACUACAACUCCACUGUUGAUGGCCAUUUUCGGAUCACGCGAGUACCUCGCUGCUGGCUGCGGGGGCGAUGUUGCUCUGGCUGGUGCCAUUGAGUACCAAGCCUUGCACCCUGAUGCGAUUUGGGGUGUGCUGGAGAAGCCUGUUGCAGACUACGAUGUGCCGCCAGCAGUGACUAUUAACUUCGUGCUGGAGAACCUGACCGCAAUCAAUGGUCCAAUGCGUGUGGUGCCUGGUUCGCAUCGCUGGCGACAUCGCCCUCCAACCCUACACGAGGAGCCAGACUGGAUGAUGUUCAACACACUUUGCCCAAUCCGAGCAGGAGCUGCCAUCUUCCGGGACAACCGACUCUGGCAUGGCGGCACCCCAAACCUUUCGAGUAAAAUGCGGGCCUUGCCCAACAUGGAGUACUUCCCUCCUGGAGCCAUGCCCUCCCUUGGCUGGUUGGACCGACAUACCAUGCCCUGGCACAUUUGGCAACGGCUUUCUCCCCUCGGGCAGUAUCUCUCACGCUACACCGUGGCCCCACCGGACGAGUCCAUCCCAGGAAUCAAUGAGUACACACCAGGAGCGAUUCUGGAGAUCAUGCCUUUUCUCCGCUAG